AUGUUUAAAUUUUACGCAAUAAUAAUUACAAUUUUCUUUUUGAGUUUAUCAUAAGGAUUAAGUUUUGAAUAAAAUUAAACAAUUUUAUCAUUUUAAUAAUUCUUUUCAAAUAAUAUUUGCUUCCAUGAGUAAACAAGCUUAAAUUAAUUGCAUGCAAGAGGCAUUGAUGUAAAUGAUUAUAAAAAAUAUGAUAUUGAUUAUGGAGAUCACUCAAAAGUAGAACCUAUUCAACUAAAUUAAGAUGAGUAUUUAGUUGGUUCUAAACUAGGAAGUGGCAAAUUUUCAGAUGUUUAUCUUGGUUAUAACAAGAGUAAUAACUAUGAAAAGAUUUUAAUUAAAAUAUUGAGACCCAAUAAAAUUGAAAAAGUAUAAAGAGAAAUAUCUAUAUUAACUAAAGUUAAUUCAAUAGAAAAUGUUCCUAAAUUUUAUGGAAUUACAGUUGAUAAAUACUACCAGGUUCCUUCUCUAUUUUUUGAAUACAUUUAAGGUAAUACUCUGAAAAAUAUAAUUCAACGAUUCAAUGAAAUAGAUAUAAGAUAUUAUUCUUACAUACUCAUAGAGACUAUAUAUCAAGCACAUAAAAUUGGAGUUAUUCAUAGAGAUAUCAAAAGUGCUAACAUCAUUAUAAAUCAUGAAAAAAGAGUUUUGAAAGUUAUUGAUUGGGGUCUUUCUGAUAUUUACUUCCCUUAUUCCUUUAACUUCUGCAAAAUAGGAACUGUGAAUUAUAAAGCUCCAGAACUUAUAUUAACAGAUAGUUAUCACAUUAAUAUAACUCCAGCUGUAGAUAUUUGGGCAUCAGGAGUUAUAAUUUUUCAAAUGAUGAUUAAUAGUGUUCCUUUAAUCAAAGGUCAUAAUUCUUAUACAGCUUUGCUGGAUAUAAUAAAAAUAUUUGGGUACAAAGAUGUGAUGAGACUAUCUUCAUGGAGUGGAAUACCAUUGAAUCCUUAAAUAUAUAAAGAAAUUUAAGAGAAUAAAAUUUAUACAGAAAAGGGAAAGGGUUUGAAGUAAUUGAUAGACCAAGAUAAUGUUAAAUAUGCUGAUCCUUUGGGAUUAGAUUUAAUAGAUAAAAUGUUAAAAAUUUUACCAAAUGAAAGAAUAAGUGCUAAAGAAGCUUUAGAUCAUCCCUAUUUUGACAAAAUCAGAUAAAUUAUUUAAACUCAAAGAAAAAAUUAAAAUAAAAAAAAGGGAUGA